AUGGAGGGCUCGUGCCCAUUUGAUUUUCCUGCGGAGGCUACGCCUAAGGUCGCUACCGACAUUAAGGAGGAGGCUACGGUUGAGAUUGAGGCCUGCAGUUCAACCGAGAUGUUUCAUUGGCUUUACCGAGGGUUGAGAAGUACACAGGGCGACGGGAGAUUGAUGGUUGAGGCGAUUAGUGAGGGGAGGCCCGGUCGAGCCAAAUGGGGAGGAAGGCGGCUUCAGAGACCCCCGGCUAGUCCUACCGUCGGAAAGGCAAGCUGCAGAUGGCUAGGGAAGAGGCUGGGCGGGACCGGCUUCGUCGAGUCAAAAUCAUCUUCACUAGAGCAAGAUUCGGCUUCCACAUCCGCAAGUGGAGGGUAG